AUGUGCUAUGACCGCUAUGUUGCCAUCUGCAAACCCCUGCACUACGGGACCCUCCUGGGCAGCAGAGCUUGUGCCCACAUGGCAGCAGCUGCCUGGGCUGCUGGGUUUCUCAUUGCUCUGCUGCACACAGCCAAUACAUUUUCCCUGCCCCUGUGCCAGGGCAAUGCCCUGGGCCAGUUCUUCUGUGAAAUCCCACACAUCCUCAAGCUCUCCUGCUCACACUCAGGCUACCUCAGGGAACUUGGGCUCAUUGUGGUUAGUGCCUGUUUACUGUUUGGUUGUUUUGUUUUCAUUGUUUUCUCCUAUGUGCAGAUCUUCAGGGCUGUGCUGAGGAUCCCCUCUGAGCAGGGACGGCACAAAGCCUUUUCCACCUGCCUCCCUCACCUGGCUGUGGUCUCUAUUGUUAUCAGCACUGCAACAUUUUCCCACCUGAAACCUCCCUUCUUCUCCUCCCCAUCCCUGGCCGUGGCCCUGUCAGUUCUGUACUCAGUGGUGUCUCCAGCACUGAACCCCUUCAUCUACAGCCUCAGGAACCAGGAGCUCAAGAAUGCCCUGAGGAAAAUGAUGACUGGAUACUUUUCAGGGGCAAUGAAGUGCCUGUGUUCUGGUGUGUAG